UCUCUCUCUCUCUCUCUAAGACCCAACUCAAUACUCACCACUUAACUUUCCUUGCACUUUAAGCCUCCUCCAUGUUCAACACGACUUCCCACAUAGACCCCAGGGAAGAAGAGGAAAAACACAGGUACCCAUCAGCCAAUACUGCACACAUCCACCCAAAAACACAAAAGAACUCGAGGAAGAAAAAAGCAUGAGUUCCGUCUGCAUAUCGAGCUGCCUCAACGAUGCGCGCGCCCUGCAGGCUCCGGUCCGGGCCACCUAUGUGAACCUCUACAAGUGGCCCGAGUCCGACGCAGAGUUCGUGAGGUCGAUGAGCUCCAAUGGGCGCGCAGGGGACAGCGCUGGCGGGAGGACCGUCGAUCACCACAUGAUCCGCACCAGGGUGGUGGACAGCAUCUCCUGCAGGCAAAUGUACCUAAGGAGCUACCCGCUUUCCAGAGAGGAGAACGCCCCCCCGGACAUCGAGACCCGGUGCUUUGGCCGUCGCCGCAGAGGCAAAGGAAGCGAAGGAGGCAAUAAGAAGAGGAAGGAACGGCGUCGUAGAAGGAGGUGCGUGGCGUUGAGGAAAGUGAAGGAAGCGUCUUGGACUGCUCUGUUCAGGAUCUUCCACGGGCUGCUCUCUUGCUCCGCCAGUGUAGACGUUGUUGACUGAAACUCUUUUGUUGUGUAGUUGUUUUUGAGCUUUUACUAUAAUAUAAAAAGCAGAGGGAGAACAUAUCUGUUUCGAGCUUUGAACGCUUUGAGUUCGUCUUUUCCCUCCGUGCCUUCCUUUUUUUGCCUCUUGUUGGGUUUAAUUUAAAGAAGUUAAUUCGCUUUC